AUGCGUUUUUCAAAAACAUUUUUGGCUGGAUUAAUGGAGGAUAUUCCAAUAUCUUCUGAUGGGGUAAGAGUGGGCUUUGUCACAUAUGAUUCCGUGGCAUCAGAAGAGUUUGGGCUUACGACUUACACAACCUCAGAAUCUGCAAGGGGGGCAAUCGAAAAUGUGCCUGACAGAACUGGAUCUGAUCACUUUGUAUACCAAGGAUUAAUUACAGCUCGGGACAACGUGUUUACGGCCCUUGAUGAUCGAGAGGAUGCCAAUAACCAUUACGUUUUUGUUGUGGGCCCAUUUUACAGUGAAACAGCUGCUGUUUCGCGCGAAAUCAGGGGCAGUGGAAACAAUUUUGUCUUUGCAGCUCAUGUUGGUUCUUCUUUUCAAUCUGAAUACCAGGAAUCUGUUGACUCUUGUGGUGACUACACAAGAUACACCAAUACCGAUUCAUAUGAUAACAUGAUGAACAUCAGGCAACAGUUUAUAGACAAGAUAACUUCAUGUGAAGCAAUAGUUGAAAUUACUCAAG